UCCCUUUCCUCUUCGCCCCCACUACGCCCUCCCUUUCUUCCCAAUUUUCCCAACCCGACCCAUUCCCAAAUAAAACACCGAAGUCCAAAAAGAAUUCAUCUUCUAUUCAAGUUUUGAAGUCGUAUUUUGACUCUGAAUUUUUCAAAAGCAAGUGGUUACUGAUUAUUUGGAGGUGGGAUUCGAAGUUGUAUGCUGAUUGAUCUGAAACAAGUUCUAAAGUGAAAAUCUCGGAUCUGUAUUGUUGUGCUAAAGUUUGUUUGUGCUAAAUAUGUAUUUUAAUCAUCAACACUAAUGAAAAUUGUUUGAAGUUGUUUGUUUGUGCAAAAGUGGAAGCCAUAGAGAUUGAAACACUUGUGGGAGCUCCAGGAAGCGUUUAAUCCUCCUUUUGUGACAUUGUUAUCCGAGCUCUCCAUGUUGUGACAGUGGAGAAGAUGGUAUUAUUAGCAAAGGCAACCAAAUAAAGAGAAAAAAAAAAAAAAAAACGGGACCCACAAAUUUUAUUUGUGUCAAAAGAAAAUUGGUAUAAUUUCAAGGAGAGGGAACAAAUUUGGGGAAUACUAAAUUCAUUAUUUGGAGCAAAAUCUCUGAACCCAGUUUCACUUUUUGUUUUUAGUGCAAAAUCUCCUUCUAUCUGGGAUUGGUUAUGGCGAAAAUUGUCAUAAUUGUUGAGUGAUUUAGUUUUAUUUUUUCGGAUUUUUGGAGUUCCAUUGUUGUUGAUGGAAGAAGAAAGAUAGUCAUUGUUGUUGAUGGAAGAAGAAAGGUGGAGAAAGAAAAAGAAAAGAAAAGAGAGACUAUCUGAUGACGUUGAGGAAAUGAAACCUUUGAGAAACUUGGAGCAAUUGGCACACUUUCCAACCUGUUGAUUUAUCUCACAAAAGUUUUCAACAUGAGCCACAUCUCCGCCGCAACUCUGAUCAAUGUCUUUAAUGGAACCACCAAUUUUGCCACUUUGCUUGGAGCUUUCCUCUCUGAUACUUACUUUGGUCGUUACAAAACACUAGGAUUUUCAUCCAUUACUUCAUUUCUGGGGUUGUUUGUGAUAGCAUUAACAGCAGUAUUCAAGAAGCUACAUCCUCCACACUGUGAUUCGAAAGAUAUCAGCCAAUGCAUAGGACCAACAGGGGGGCAAAUGGCAUUCUUGUUGAGUGGAUUUGGGCUACUGAUCAUAGGUGCAGCAGGGAUUAGGCCAUGUAACUUAGCUUUUGGUGCAGACCAAUUCAAUCCCAAUACAGAAUCUGGUAAAAGGGGUAUUAAUAGUUUCUUCAACUGGUACUUUUUCACCUUAACAUUUGCUCAAAUGGUGUCUGUUACACUCGUGGUUUACGUGCAAUCGGACAUUAGCUGGUCCAUAGGACUAGCCAUUCCUGCAAUAUUCAUGUUGAUUUCAUGCUUCCUCUUCUUUGGGGGCACUAAAAUUUAUGUCAAAGUGAAACCAGAGGGCAGCCCAUUGACAAGUGUAGCCCAGGUUCUUGUGGUUUCUAUCAAGAAAAGAAGGCUAAAAUUGCCAGAGCAACCCUGGAAAUCUCUUUUCAAUUACACUUCUCUCAAGUCUAUCAAUUCCAAGCUUCCAUACACUCAUCAAUUCAGGUUUCUUGACAAGUCUGCAAUAGUAACACCAGAAGACCAAAUCAAAUCAGAUGGAUCAGCAGCCAAUCCAUGGAACCUAUGCAGUGUGCAGCAAGUGCAAGAAGCUAAAUGUGUUGUAAGGGUAAUUCCUAUUUGGGCUGCAGCAAUUGUAUACCAUAUUGCAAUAACUCAGCAGCAACAAUUUGUUGUCUACCAAGCCCUUCAAUCAAACAGACAUCUUGGCAACAGCAACUUCCAAAUUCCAGCAGCAACUUACACUAUUUUCUCCAUGUUAAGUCUCACUCUUUGGAUACCCAUAUAUGAUCGUAUCGUCGUCCCAUUACUCCGAAGAAUCACUGGAAAAGAAGGUGGUAUAACUAUCCUUCAAAGAAUGGGAUUUGGUAUAUUCCUAACUGUUCUAUCAUCCCUUGUAUCUGCAUUCAUCGAGGAACGAAGGAGAAAACUGGUUUUCACAAAUCCAGCAUUAGGGCAACAUUCAGAAAGAGGAUUGGUUUCUUCCAUGUCAGCUCUAUGGUUGGUUCCUCAGCUAUCCUUAGCAGGACUUGCAGAGGCAUUUUGUGCCAUUGGACAAGUGGAAUUCUACUACAAGCAGUUCCCAGAAAACAUGAGAAGUAUAGCAGGGUCUUUUUUCUUCUUGGGAAUGGCUGCUUCAAGUUACUUGAACAGUUUCUUGAUCUCUAUAGUGCACCAGACAACAGGAAAGGCGAAAACCGGUAACUGGCUACCGGAAGACCUUAACAAGGGGAGAUUGGAUUACUUCUAUUUCUUGAUUACAGCGUUGGGGAUCCUUAAUGUUGUUUACUUCAUAAUAUGUGCUAGGUGGUACAAGUACAAGGGAAGUGAUGACACCAGCAGCGUUACAUUGGAAAUGGAAAGAAAAAAUGUUGAGAAACACUUCGUAUGACAUUAAUUUAAGGAUAAAACUAAAUGAAUAGUAUGUUAUGCCAAUUGUUAGCAGCCAUUUGGGUUGAAAGAAGUUGUAAUAGAAAAGCUAAGAACAAAAUAGCCUCCAUUAAUCUCA